AUGCAAGCCAGAAUACCUACAGAUCGCAUCAGUGACUUCCUGCGCGGCGAGAGUCGCCAGUACAGGACUGCUUUCAACCGUGAGAACCGCCGUCCCGACAGGAAUUGGGCCGCGAAGGCGUACUUCACCUGCGCCCGGGGCCCCGACAAGCCUAUCGUGACGGCACGGUCUACCGAGAACCAGCGGCUGCAGCCUACCAACGAGGUCCGGGAGAUGUCCAUCAAGACGGGCUGCCAGCACAAGUUCGUCAUCAAGACGCUGAGGCAGAGGAAGACAGACAGCAUUAUCAUCUACCGCCACAAACCCCACACCGGCCAGGACGAGGACACCAGGCAGUGCCCCCGUCUGUCUUCCUGGGUGAUGGACAAGCUAACGGAGCUCCUGAAUGGUAAUCCCAGGUUCUCGACCAGGGACUUGACCAUCGUCAUCCAGAACAUCGUGCGGAAGGAAAUGGGCUGGCCUGAGCGAAAGAAGCUGCAGCCUGCGGAAUUCUUGGGCCUCCUACGUGACUUCCCGGACCGCUUCCACGACUACAACAUGAGCUACCAGGACAUUGCGUGA